AUGAUAGCAAAAGAAAGUAUAGAUUUAAAUAAUAAACAAGAGAAGGAAGAUGUUCUUACGAAUGAGGAAGACGAUUAUAAUGAGGAGGAAGAUGAAGAUUUUGAUCCAUCCAAAAAGGAGCUAAUCAAUAAUGAGCCUAGUGAGGAAGAGAAUGAUGAAUAUGUCUCAUCAGAGGACGAAAAGACAAAUGUUGAUUAUUCUAAUAUUACUAGUGAUGUUGGAGGAUUUAUUAAAACCAGAAAGGCGAGACAACUUGAAGAAGAGAAUAGAAAAAAACAUAAAUACGAAUCAUUAGAUGUCUCAACAAUAUCAGAUAACGCCAACUCUAUAUGGGAAGAAUUAAAAAAAGAUGCUAAUAAUCGUUUACAGAACAGUCUAAGUAACAAUAGCAAGUCAGUGAUUGCAGACCCAAAUUCUACAGAUAUCGGUCAAGACACGAAUGACGAAUUGAAUGAAGAAUUAAUAUGGAUUGAAAGAUCGUACAAAUUCGCCGGGGAAAUGAUACAUGAAAGGAAGCAAGUGCCAAGAUCUAGUGCUGCAGCUCAGGAAUAUUUAAAUAAUUUAAAAUUUGAUUCCAAUAAGACUCCUAAUGAAAAAGUGGCAACUCCCUCAGUAAAAGUUAAUGAAGCAAAACCUACUGAAGUUGAGAAACAAUUAAGAAGGCCAUUAAAGAGACCUUCAAUCUUAGAGCAGAUUAUCUCUGGGACAUUGAAACCUAAAUUAACUACAUUAGAGAAAUCUCAAAUGGACUGGGCUACAUAUGUCGAUAAAGAAGGCAUCAAUGAUGAAUUAACGUUACAUAAUAAAGAUGGGUAUUUGGCAAAACAAGAUUUCUUAAAUAGAGUGGAAAUGAAUGAAGAUGAAAAGUACAAGGCCUUUAGACAGAAGCAAUUGGCAUUAGAACUGCAGGAACAAAAAAAGUAA